GACGUACAACCCUCCACUCUGCGGUGAUGUGGGAGCGAGGGGGGUUUUCAUGAUGGCGUCGAUGCAGAAGAGGCUACAGAAGGAAUUAUUAGCCCUGCAAAAUGAUCCACCACCUGGGAUGACGCUCAACGAAAAAAGUGUACAGAGCUGCAUCACACAGUGGAUUGUAGACAUGGAGGGAGCUACUGGCACACUGUAUGAAGGAGAGAAAUUUCAGUUGCUUUUCAAAUUUAGUGCUCGAUAUCCUUUUGAGUCACCUCAGGUUAUGUUCACAGGAGAGAAUGUACCUGUCCAUCCUCAUGUGUAUAGCAACGGUCACAUCUGUCUGUCCAUUCUAACGGAAGAUUGGUCUCCAGCCCUCUCAGUGCAAGCAGUUUGUCUUAGCAUUAUCAGCAUGUUGUCCAGCUGCAAAGAAAAGAGACGACCGCCUGAUAACUCAUUUUAUGUCAGAACGUGUAACAAAAAUCCAAAGAAGACAAAAUGGUGGUAUCAUGAUGAUACAUGCUAAUGUACAAACUUUGUAAUAAUCGUAGAAGAAAGAAGUCCUACUGACCUACGUAAAAGCACUUUUUAAUAAUUCAGUCUUUGAACUCUGACCGGAGACUGGAACAGUGGAUACCAUGCUCUGGAGGCUCUUGACUGCUGCCCCCCCACCCCACCCCCCUCACGCGGGCAGUUGGAUGCAUGUUUUAGUCGGGUUGUAAUAUAAAGAAUACAAAUAAUUUGACAGUUUAGAUGCACCCACGAUGGAUUGUUUUUGGCAAAAAGGUAUUAAUGCAGAGAGCAAGCAAGUUAGGUGGAUUUGAAGUGAGAAAAUUACAAUCCCUGUUUUAAGAUUAUUAUUGUUACUUUGUUUGCGUGUGGGUGCAUUUUAAAGGUCCUUGUGUUGUGCAAUAAUAACUGAUGGAUGCAUGCUGGGGCCUGCAAAGAGAAAUCCAAAUCUGAUUGUUUUCUGGAAGGGAUCGGACCAUCAUAACCCCAAGGAAAUGCUUCAUCUGGUUUUAGUUUUUUUGGGGGAGAUAUAUUAUUAUUAUAUGCACUGUGAAAGUAUCUAGUUUGAAAAGGCACUAUUAGAACAUUAUUCUCAACAUGCAGUUGUCCUCCAUAUAUUUAUCAGGUGACAAGGUUUAAGUUUGUAACCACUGUAUCAAGAGUUCAGUCGAGUUUCCUCUCCAUCUUCCAACCUGAGAGCCGGUUGCACUUCUUCCUGCUGUUGGACAGAAUGCCAGUACAGGAACAAAGCGGAUGCGACCACUACGCGAUCGCUCGGUCAGUCAGUUGGUCAGUCAGCGUGCAUCACAUAAAACGGGGCCCCACCCGUGUGGCGUUCGCUCGUCCAGCCUUGAAGACUUGCAGCGGCCUCUCUCCCAUUUAAUGAAUGUCUGGGAGAGACCUUUGUCGCAUGAUCCAUUUUUAUUUUUAGAUACUUUUUUUUUUUUUCUAAACUCAUGCUUUAAUCUUCUCAAAAUGUUUUAUUUUAAAUGUCUUGAGUUCUUUUUUGUACUGCUUUUCAACUUGUUGAGGGGGGGGGGGGGAGUAUUUUGAGGGGUCGUUAUGUUUUUUUUGUUUAAACUUUUCUUUUUUCUUUUUGAAUAUGUUAUUUAAUUUUAAAAUGUUCUUUCGUUUCAUCUCCAGAACGGUAAUGAAUGACGAAAAAGGAGUCUUUCUAGAAGUUGUAACAAUGAGGCUUUUCUGAUUCCCCCUGGUCAGAGUUUUGGGCUCAGGUACUUUUUUUCAUUAUAGAGAUCACCUCGAAAAAGAUACCUAUCAGAUAUUUUGAAUUUAAUUAUAUUUUCACCCAAAGAGACUGUUAUAAUGUAAACUUAUAACAUGUCUGAAACUAUUGUGUAUAUAUAAGUCUUUAAAUUGUUGGAUGAUGUGAAAGAAAUUAGCAGAGGAUGCAUUUCCUUGAUAGCAAAAUGAUAAUAGGAGUGCUUUAUUUUAUUGGAUGCUAGAUUGCAUCUUUUGCUAAUUAGGAGGUGUACAGACAGCGACAAACACUAUUAUUGGUUAAAAAAAAAAGUUUAGUAGUUUUACAGUGUGGGUGCAUGCAAUUUUAAACCCUGCUUUUUCUUAUUGGCAUCAGACAUUGUGACAACUUUUAGUCUUUCCACAACUUAGGUCAUGGUGAUAGGGAUGGAUAUAACAAACCCUCCAGAGGCUCUUUUUGUCAUUUAAGACUGUAAUCACUCCAUUCCUAGAGAAAUGUUUUUCGCCAUCCAGUCAGAGAUACUUGAAUUUUCCAUCAUGGGUUGUUUUGUGUUGCAUUUUCUUUUUUCCAGGGUCUAGCUGAGUUUCUUGAAUGAACUUGAGUGAAUGUGAUGACUCUCUAUACUGUAGAAGAGACUACCACAGCACACCGCUAUCUCAAAACUAUAUUGAUAACUUAUGUCAUCUAUUUAACCAAUGAUUUUUUUUUAAAAAGCGAUUAUUAACUUCAUCGUAAGGCUCUUGUCUGCUGUUGCUGCGUUUUGAGGAAAAAGAUGGGAGGACUGAAACGAUUGUGUCAAUGCAGUAACAACGGCAUCUGUGCGGGGACAAAAAGCCCUCACCCAGUCCGCAGUAGAACACUAGGGAUUAGAAAAACUUGCGAGUGAAUAUGUUACAAGGGUUUGGAUGUGAUAUAUAAUUUUAUUUUACUUUUUCUUUUCAAUGUGGUUUGAACUCUUAGCUUACAGGUUUUUGUGAGUGAUGAACACUAAUGAGGGUGUGGUAUUUAUAUUUGAAUUUUUUUGUUCUGGGAUGUGCAAGCUCCAUGUAAUAGGUGCCUGUUCAUUUUCAUAAUCAAUAAUAAAAAGCAAAGAUUCACUUUUA